UCCUCUCCCUGUUCUCUCUUCACUUUUCCAUCCUCAGUUUCACAGGAUAAGAAAGCAGAGCCCACAUGAUGCACAAGUUUUGGUUUAGCCUGGCCCUCUGGCUGUUCAUCUCAGAGUUCCAGCUGGAGACCGAUGCUCGGAAUCCUGUUCUUGGAGUGAAGCUCUGUGGGAGAGAGUUUAUCCGGGCUGUCAUUUUCACCUGUGGAGGUUCCAGAUGGAAAAGGACCAGAAUAAAUACAGCAGAUAUCCCUGAGCCCAUAACCUACUUGGAGCAGACAAUGAACGAUGCUAAUCCCAACGACUGGGAUCUUGCUGAGGAUGUCACCAAUGGUGGACCUCAGAGCUGGGGAGUCCUGCUGGGAUUCGGGAAAGAGGGUCGAAGCAGGAGGAGCAUUUCCGAUGAUGUGUUAGAGGCUUUGAGGAGCAGCGACAGGAAGGGGAGGGAUGUGGUGGUGGGUCUGUCUAAUGCUUGCUGUAAGUGGGGUUGCACCAAGACUGAGAUCAGCUCACUAUGUUAG